CCUGAAGUAUACCCGUCUAUUUUGUGUGAAAUUUACUGACUUUCAAGAAAAUGGAGAAACAACCAGAGAAAGUAGAUUUACAAGAGCAAGAACGUGCCCUGUCUCACAUCAAAAUCCUCUCCGCUAUAGGCCUCUUUCUUGGAAUCUGCAGUGUAGGAAUCGGUAUUGCUGUGCUUUCAUUACUGGACGGUGCCAGUUACCCACUUACAACAGGAACCGGUAUUUGGUUUGCAGCCAAUCCAAUAGCAUUUGGGAUAGUAGGAAUCGCUGCUGCUCUAUCAACAAAUGAAAACACACGAAAGAGAUUGUUGACCGGACAUUACGUCACGAGCAUUCUCCUGAUGUCACAGGGUUACGCCUUCGCUACUGCUAUACAGGGUGUGAUAGAAUGCAGCAAUGGCAGUGAAAAAUGUGGAUCAAACGCUGAUGCCAAGGCUGCUCUCCGAGGAGUUCUGAUUGGAAUUAUCUUUUUCCUUUAUGUGGUAGGCAUCUUUUCUAUUGGAAUUCAUAAUAGAAAGAGACGAGUUCUGCACCCAGAUUGGAAAGGAAGAUGCUGUGGUACAUCAUGGGAUUAAAUACAUUUUUUUCAGCAUUUAGCAACAAGGAGGACUUUUUGUCAGUUGUUUUCUAUCACCAUGAAUCCCGUGUGUUCCCGUGUGUGAAUUUGUUUGAAACUGUCUGCAGGAUUAGCAACUGAUCUUGACCACUUGGUAGUGACUAUAUACAGGCAGUGCUUUUUGAAGCAAACAAUUAUCUGUUGCGAGCUAUAUCUGAUUAAUGUGUUUUUAAGUCAUCUGAGUCACUCAAGUGACCUACUGCUAUCUAUAUUUUCGUUCGUCGUCGUGCGAUGUGUAUGUCGUCCGUUAACAUUUGAACAUUUUCAGCUUCCCAUCUGGAACCGCUGAACCAACUCCAACCAACAUGUAUGAAUGAAAGGAACAAAGUUUGUGAAUUUCAUGGUCCCUGUCCACCUAGGGCUUGAGGGAUGGGGCUAAAACCAUCAAAAUUAGUGCUAUUUUUAAAAAAUCUUCUUCUUUACUCCUAGACAUCAAGCAGUUGAACUGUUGUCAUGAUUGUAAUAAGAAUUGAGUCCUCUACCACAAUUUUGACCCAGAGUCAGGGGUUCUAGUGCUAAGGCGGGGCUAUAUUGAUCAUAUAAUGUCUAUGCAUUAAUUCUUUGAAAAUCUUCUUGAAGUGAAAGUUGCGGGUCUUUCGGAUGAGACCUUAAAAACCGAGGAUCCGUGUCACGGUAGGUGUUGGCACGAUAAAGAACCCUCGCUGAUCAAUGGUCCUGAGUGCCGAGUAAAGGUCUCAAUUUGAAGCCCUUCACCGGUAUAUGGUGACGUCUCUGUAUGAGUGAAAAAUUCUCAAACGGGACGUAAAACAACAUAAAUCAGUCAAUCAAUCAAUCAAUCAAUCAAAGACCAAGAGAGGCCAAUGUGAAAGAUUAUGAUAUGGAAUUAAAAAUAGUACAGAAGCACUUAUAGUUUGUUAAUAGUCUGCUUGGUUAUAGUGAUAUAUUGGGGACAGAUUUGAACUUAAUGUAUGAGUUGAUACUGAAUACCAGACUAAUUAUUUCGUUGCUUCUGAUCAUCCUAUUUCUACUAGCUUUGUUCGAACCUGUCUUAAACCUAAUAUUAUU